UAUGGUUAUUUAUUUUCUUUCAAUAAAACCAUAUUGUGAUUGAAUCAUAUAUCGUUUUACUCAAUUACUUUGUCUAUUCUGAUCAAGAACAUACAAACUUAAAUUGAUCAGAAUUCUGCUGAUGGAAAAACCCCAGUAGUUAAAUCAAACUAUUGUCUUGAUCUGAUUACUCUGAUGUAAUGCAUGUAAACAGUGUAUAGCUGGAGAUAUUUAUUGAUUUCUCUCUAUUUUUUCACUUGAAACUAUUACUUUCAUUCAUUCAUUUUGCACUGAAGUUCAUUAUAAAAUGAGUCUGCACUUUUCAUUUGUCAAGUAUUUAUUUCACACAGGAAUAUACAAAAAUAGACUUUACCAUGUGGUUAUUUCGACCACUAUUCAUUUAUUAAUUGAAUUACCAGAAACAUUUCUUUAUCGUGAUGUAUAUUGUUAUCGAGAUAUGAAAUGACAUAUCGGAAUAGAAGAUUUUGGCCAUAUCACCCAGCCCUUCUAAGGCUAACUUGGAUAUUUGUACUUAUUUAGCUUUUCUACUGCUAGCAUUACAAUCCUACAGCGACUGAUAGAAGCAGAUUUGACCACUGCUGUCACUGUGGCUUCUAAUAAAAUGUUUCUUCUUGCAGUUGCAGGACAGCCAUUAGAACAUUAUAUCACGACGUCCUACUGCUUUUGUAGACGUCCUUUUGAACUUGUACUGCAUGAUGACAUCAUUCGCAUGAAUCACUCCUCUGCGAUACCCGCCCUUGUAUUACUGAGGUGUUGUGAUAUAAAAAUAAAAAAUUAUAUUUCUUCCUGAUUCCUCUAUAAUAUCCUGGGCCUCAUUGUGUUCAUGAAUUUCCCGGAAAUCACAAACAGCCAGGCUGGUUCUCUUUGGGAGAUGAUGCUACACAGAUACAUUUUGACCGCUGACAACAUGAGUCAUGAUGGGAUAUCAGAUGAGGUUUCAGAUAAUAUGUAUCCUUCAGCCCACAGCCUCUGUAACCACGGCUUCUCAUUCUGUACUCGCUGUUCUGACCAGUUUUUGGCUUUAGUGUGUUCUAUUUAUUAUUUUUUGCACUGCCAAUACGCCUACUAAUUAAGCUUCCUGUCAGCGAGAUUUCUUUAGGAGACUUUCUUCCCAUAAUGCAAGGCCAAAAACAGAAUGACGAUAUCACUUAUUUCACAAUAAAAAAUUAACCAUUUGAAUCCACGGAGUGAAGUCGUGAUUAAUCGUGAAGGUCUUUGUGUUGUUACCAGUCAGGGUCAGAGGUCAGCUACAUAAGCUAUUGUCACAGAGGAACUGUAACAUCUCAUUUACUCAAAACACAUGACUGAGUGUGUUUCUCUUUACCACCAGUGUGUUGGAUGUCACAUCCUUGAAUGCACAGGUUUUAUUUUGAUUUAUUUUGGCUUCUUGUCUUUGUCUUAAUGGGCCAAUCCGGUCACUAUAGUUACUUUAGUGUUGUACAGGUGUUCUCAAAAAAAUUAAAGGAAUCUAAAUUAAAAUAGUUUGGGAGUUUCUAAACCAUUUCUGGCUUUGUCUGAAUGCAGUGGGUGUCUUCCAAAGAGCAUGUAAGCAUAAAGAGCAGACGCUGACUUGUGUGUGAUACCAGCCUUCAUCAAUAAUGCAUGAAAACAGGAAACUGAGAUAAGACGGGCUGCAGUCUGGACAUGACAUUUAACCAGCGUGAUGUAUUAAACACUGACAGACAGUUUACUGAUAAACAGAUAAAUGAUCCUGUUAGCUAAUUGUACAACUUUUAAGCUUGAUAUGAUGUUGUCUGUUUAUAAAAAUAAAACUGUGUUAAUUUCUAUUGUUUGCUCAAUGUCAGAGGGGCUUAUAUCUCUACAUCUUACCAGGAUAUUUCUAAUUGUAAUGAACACGGUUAUUCUUUUUUCCUUGUGAAGGAGGUCUCAUCUGCACCUUCUCCAAGUCUCGACUGUAGCACGCUAUAACAAGCUGUCUAUAUGCCAACCUCAGGCUCCAGACUAGAGCCAACCCUGCACCCUGCAGCGCCUCUGGAGAGACAAACACAAAGACUGACUGUUCUUUCAUCUCUUUUUUUACAUAAAGGUUCAGUGCUUGUCUUAACCCCACAGGGUCCAAGGCUGGCCUUUUAUUCAUGGUUGAAUAGGUUGCGUUUGGUUCGUUAAGCAGCGCUGUCUGCUGUGCUGUGCUGUGAUGAAUAUAAGUACAUCAUGAGAUGACUAAUGAAAAUUUAGAUUUUUAGCAGUUUUUAGUAGAGCUGCAACGAUCAGUCGAUUAAUCAUUUAAUUGAUCAACAAAAAAAUGAAUCGGCAACUUUUUAGGUCACAUUUGAAGCAAAAAUACAGAAUAUCUGCUGGUUCAAGCUUGUCCAGUGUGAGGAUUGUCUGCUUUUCUUUUUCUUAAACUUGUUAUCUUUGGGUUUUUUGACAGCUGGACUGACAAACCAAGCUAUUAGAAGAUGUCAAGUUGGGUUUCCAGCAUAUUAUCAUAACCUCUGUGUGUUGUGACAGAGAAACUGCUGGGUCAGUCAGGGUCGCUGAGCUGCUCAGUCAAGAUAUAAAUAGCAGUUCUUGUAGUGAUUACAGCUCCCAGAUGAUUAAUAGUGUAGAUUCCUAAAACUCACGGCUCCUCCUCCCACUCACUUCAUCUAUAUUGCAUAAGUACAAGACAUCCCAGCAGCAUUUGACUCUCGUCUGCUGAGCUAAUAACUUCUUAUGAAAAUUUCUCAGCAGCACAUGCUUUUUUAAGAAGCCAUUUUCUCCACAUGAACAACUUCUCCACACAGAAGAAGAAUAAUCCCUGCACCAUCUAGUGGCCAAUGUCUUCACUUUACAUGCCAGCCAGAGUCGUGUCAUGCCACAGAGACAAAUUGUGUGACCCCACCAUGAUGCAGUCAUAACUAAAUCAAAGCUCAAAUCAAUGUAAUAAUGUGAUUAGCACACAGAGCCACACUCCAAAUUAAUUGAAUUAAUUGAAUGUGACUUUUAAUUUAGAUCCUGAAAGAGAAUUUAUGACUGUGGCGAAAAGAUUGACACAUUAUUCAGAGGCUGUAAUUGACAGAGUGCUCGUUAAAACAUUACAGAUGGUGUAAUUCAAAGAUGUGACCGGGUGUGUCCCAUCCGUUUCAGGAAGCAGGGCAAUUUGUUUAAUCGUUUAUUAGUGCAGCAGUGUGAGGAAGAGAAUACAUGAGAAGUAGAGUGUGUGUAAAGUAAAGCCUCUUUGAGUUGUUUCAAUCACUUUAGUACCUCUUCUAUCAAAUCACUCAGUUAAAAUGUACAUAAAAAGGAAGCAAGAGAAACCUGAUAUCUAGAUGAAAGUCUAUUCAGCCACAGAACAGCACACAAGUUAAAUAAGCAUCUAAAAUGUCUCAGUAAAUUCAGCAGACCAUAUUGACUACUCGUGUUUCCUGUCUGAUCCCUAUUGUUCGUAUUAAGAAGCAAUAAGCCCUAAAGUGUGGCCAGGAUUCUGACCCGGCCUUCAGUCAGCUGUUGGUUUCUCAUUAACUGGCUACACUGUGUAAGCCGUCGCUGCACACAGCUACGGUAAGGCCUCACUGCUCAGUCAAUAGACCUGGAUGGAACAAGUUGCCAGUUAAUCCCGAUCGUCUGUUGCUGCUCAGUCAAAGCUGACAAUUUCAUGGUUCGGAUCCAAGAGGAGACUCUUGUUUAAGGGAUGAGGUCUGGUCAGGGAUGCAUCCACACCUGCACCCUCCCCGGAGAGGUUUACCAGGUACAGCAGCUGCUCGGUUCACACCAAGUUAAAAUCAGCCUCAUUCUGUCAGAGGAGAAGGCUGUUGAAUCUGUUUGAAAAGUGUUUCUUUUUCAGUUUGUGAGCAGGUCUCGUUGUGAAACUGGUCAACCUCAAUCUGUCAUUUUUACCAGCUAUUUGAUUUAUCGGGUGUACGGCGCUCUCUGUGUCUCUUAGUAGGUCAAGCUGAUUCUGUGAUGAGAAUCGUUGUUUGAAGGGCUUUGUGGUCCAAAAUGAUCGUGCACCAACACAGUGAUUGGAACUUGAUCCAUUCAUAUUUUAUUGAACAGGGUGAAAAUUUUGUGAUUAUAAAGACAUUAGCUGUAAAAGUAGCAAUAAAAAAAGUGUAAAAUACUCCAUUACAAGUAAAAGUACAUAAGCAUUACAAACAAAAUGUACUUAAAGUAUCAACAGUAAAUGUACCUGCCAUGCUUAUACAAUGCUUCUAUUAUUACAUAUUAUACUAUUUGAUUACAAUUAUAGUUGCAUUCAUGUCUGAGCACCAUUGUAAUGUUGUCGCUGGUGGAGGUGAAACUAAUUUGAAUUACUUUAUAAACUGAUGGGUAGUUUAAUCUGUAGAAAUGCAUUAUGUUGUACAUACUGAUCAUAUGUUUUGUGUGUAAAAUGUUAUUAUGCAAAGCAACUCGCUGUCAAAUCAAUGUAGUGGAGUAAAAGGUAGGAUAUUUCCCACUGAUAUGUAGAAGUAUAAAGUAGAAGUACAGUACGUAAGUACAUUUACAUUCCACCACUGGAUAUUUCUUCACUUAAAUGUUGGAGAGUCUGAGAGACUGAAAUAAUAAAAGUUAAAUGUGAAAGGUUCAUAAUGGUGCAAAUCCUUCCUUUGGUUGCUAAGGCAAUAAAUCCUUGAGACAAUGGCUUUAUUGUCAUGAACGACGUCAAUGUUUUUUUUCUCUAUUUACCACCAAGGCCUUUGCUAAGUACAUAUCUUUAAGACUCUUUACUUCAGAGUUACAAGCCCUUAUUAUCAGGCCUUAUGUGUGCUGUAGGUCAUAGCUGUGAAAACAUUACCAACACACAAGACCUGAUGUCAUUCUGCCUUGUUAUGAUGAAUAGCUCGCAUUCUGUGUCACAAGCUUUGCACUUCCUCUUUUCAUUUCCCUGCAGAUGACUGAGGGCAGACUGUGCCAAGUGCAGCUGCUGGAUGACAGGAAGCUAGAGCUGCUGGUUCAGCCUAAACUGCUGUCCUACGAACUCCUCGACUUGGUUUCCUCCCACUUCAACCUCAAAGAGAAGGAAUUCUUUGGAAUUGCAUUUUUUGAUGACCAUGGUCGGCGUAAGUGGUUGCAGAUGGACCGCAGAGUUCUUGAACAUGACUUUUUGAAGAAGUCCGGGCCUGUUGCCCUAAACUUCCUGGUCAGGUUUUAUGUAGAAAACAUUACACAGCUUAAGGACAUCAUAACGGUGGAGUUAUUCUUCCUGAAUGCAAAGUCUGCCGUCUACAAUGGGUUUAUAGAAGUGGAAAGUGACAACGUCUUCAAAUUAGCUGCAAAUGCUCUGCAGGAGGCGAAGGGAGACUACACAAGUGAUGAAAACACUCGAGCUGACUUGAAGAAACUACCAACUCUUCCCACCAAAGUCCUCAAGGAACACCCAUCACUUGCAUACUGUGAGGAUCGAGUAAUUGAACAUUAUAAACAGCUGAAAGGAGUCUCCCGAGGACAGGCCAUUGUGAAGUAUUUGACAUUAGUGGAAUCUUUGCCCACGUAUGGCGUGCAUUAUUAUGAAGUAAAGGAUAAACAAGGGAUCCCGUGGUGGCUUGGAAUCAGCUAUAAGGGCAUCGGCCAGUAUGACCUGCAGGAUAAAUUAAAACCUCGAAAGCUUUACCAGUGGAAGCAGCUGGAAAACUUGUACUUCCGGGAGAAGAAAUUUGCUGUAGAAGUUAACGAUCCACACAGGAGAGCAGUAACCAAACGCACCUUUGGGCAGACUGGCCUACUCAUCCACACGUGGUAUGCCAGCCAUUCUUUAAUCAAAACCAUUUGGGUCAUGGCUAUUAGCCAACACCAGUUCUACUUGGACAGAAAGCAAACCAAAACUAAAUUAGGAACAGUAAGAACUGUGGGGGAAAUUGCCAUGGAUCUCACGGAGCACGGAGGAGCAAAAAUAAACAGACUGGGAGACGCAGGCCUGAAGAAUAACUUCAUAACAGCCAGCAAUGGGAGUCUGGUGUCCACAGGUUCUGCAGACUCUGAAAUGAGUGAAGAACAGAAGAAAGAGAAACUCUCUGAGCUGAGAAAAAAAGAGCAGGAGAUCCAAGAUAUUUUGGCCAAGAAAACAAAAGAACUGAAGAAGAUUUGCCUGAGAGAGGCGGAGCUUACUGGCAAGCUGCCAAAAGAGUAUCCCCUCUCUUCAGGUGAAAGAGCGCCACACGUCAGACGACGAGUUGGCACUACUUUCAAGUUGGAUGACCUUUUCCCCUACAAUGAGGAUCCCUUCCUGAGGAACCUGGAGAGCAGAUUUGCCCUGCAGCAAAAGAUUGUGGAGGCGGCUAAGAAGCUUGCAAAUGAGCCAGAACUGUGCAAAACUGUAAAGAAGAAGAGGAGGAGAAACUGUUUGGAUGCCAUGCAAAAACUCCAGCAGAUAGAGGAUGAGAUGAACCAGUACAGAAUCAAGAAGGGUAAAAAGCCCACCCAGCGGGCCUCAGUCAUCAUUGCAGAUGAACUUGUUCGUUCAGACUGCAGCUCUCUGUCUAGUCUCCCGCUGGAUGAUGAUGACUCAGACGGUGUCAGUCAGAGGCCACGGUCACGGUCGGUUCAAGGUUCCCCUCAGCUCAGUCCGAUGCGAUCGCUGGGACCCGAAUAUGAUGCCGAACGACGGGGAUGUCCGAGGGAAAAUCACCAGAACAAGAACCACAGCAGAUUAGCUUUUGAAGGCCAGGAUACUUCCCACUGCUGCCAGAACCCAAGAGAGGUCUCCUCCACCCACAGUAGUCCCUAUAAAACCCUUCCCAGACCUCCUAGAGAUCCACGCAGCAUGCCUCCCACCCCGAUUAUGACCCGCAAUGCAUACAGCAGCAGCCAGCUCAGGUCGGAGGGGUCUCCUCAUUGCUUCAGGCAUCGCAGCGGAAGUCUAGAGUCGCAGCCCCGGCUAAGAAAAGACACAGACUCAGAGAAGCCCGUCUUUGUCUUGUCACCAGCCCACCGCAGCAACAGCACAGAGGUGUUAGAGGACUGCUCUUCUUACACCAGCCAGUCCAGUCUUGACUGCUGCGGGGCGGCCCACUCCCACUACAGUACGCUAGAUUCCCGAACCUCAACCAUGCAUCGUCUCCACAGGAAGGUGGAAGUGUAUGGAAAUACUGGGAGUAUGCCCAACUUGGUCCAGCACCAUUCUGGUUGUAGUUAUUCAUGUGAGAACUCAGCACACUAUGCACCCAGUGCCUACUACGUCACCGGCUUCCCCUGCCCGGACAUAGAGCCUUACUCUAACGGUGCCUACGUGUAUGAGAAUGAAGUAGAAGGCCACUACAACGUCAACCCUUCCUACCAAAUCAAUGGGUAUCAUGGACAUGACAGAUUCAGGACCUACAGCAGUGACCGGGCAGAUAGUCUUUCCCAGAAUCCCUACGCAACUGUGAGGCCGCCGCGGAACAGAGAGAGGCCCAGAAAUGAGCUGUUGGCCAAGAACAUGCAGAAGGCCCUGGUGGCGGAGCAUCUGAAAGGCUGGUACCACCGAAGCAGGGGCCCCAGGGAGGGAGGGAAGGGGGUGCUGUAUGACUUCGACAGCGGCUCUCAGCUCAGUCUGGGCUACCAGACCAUGCCAGCGGCGUUCAGCCACUCCAGCAGAACCACCUCCUUUUCAUCAGUGUCCUCAGUGGAAAGCACGGGUAACUGGCGAAACCAGCUGGCAGUCGGCCAGACAGAUUACGAUACACCCGACACACCUCAGUACACACACCCUGGAGCGCCUGCCUCUCCGUACAACCGCAGUCCCUCACACUGCAGAUUUCACCUGGAUGGAAGCUACAUGAGCAUCCACUGAAGAGGACCAAACCUAACUUUGGCACAAAUAAAGCCAUGGCCAGCAGCACAUGAAGGGGAUGAAGUUGAAACAGAGGCUGUACACAAACUGUUGUUGCUGCCAUAACCUUUUCUUAGGAGAUGUUUUAUCAGUUAGGUUAUGGCGGAGUCUACGUGUACGCUGUCCUCGUGUUAAAGUAACCUCUGAACACAGUGAUGACACUCUUGAAUGACUUUCCCAUGUGCCUUGGAUUGGACGAAUUAUACAGGCAGAUGAGAAUGUGUCAUGGAACUUUAAGAUGUUGCACAACCACACUGGAUUCAAACCCUAUUGUGUUUUAAAGAUGGAAAAAAAGAGGCAACGUGUUUUUAAUGAAAUCCAACUCUGUGUAUUUUAAAAGGAACUAUCUUCUGCCUUAUACAAAACAGUAGGUCAUAGAAUAAAAAUGAUGUUCACCACUUUCAUCUCAGUAAAGUAUGAUCAAAAAUAGUCUUAAAUAUAACAUCCACAUUGAAAACAGAGCUUGACCAUGUUCACAUAGAGCAGACUAUUCGGUGAAUUUCCAUUUCUUUCUUUUUUUAAACUUUCAAUCAGAAUGUAUUAUGUCAAUAUUGUUUAUAGAACCAUUUGUCUUUGUUGGUGGCGUAAUGUGUUUUAAAAUGCAUGGUGAGAAUAUCUUUUUUUUUUAAAUAUAAGAACUUCUUUUUAUACUAACAGAAGACCACUGCCGUGAAAACCAUAAUAUUCAUGUCUCGUAGUUUGUUUUCUCACAUAUUUGUACAGGUCAGUGUGUAGUUAUAUGUUAGAUGUUGUCAUAAAAUAUUUUCCACUGGGAACAAGGAUGUGAAUAAAUACAUGUGUGACACAUA